AAAAAAAUCCACUUCUCAGCGUCUCUCAACGAGCAAGGUUUGCACUCCAGUGACGUCAAAGCAGCGCCUCUUUACUGCGUCGACUCGGCGGUCUCCUAGUCUCGCUUUGUGCCUCCAAGUAGCCACUGCGGACAGACAAAAGCCCAGCGUGGACCUCAGUGCGGGGGAGAAGCGGACCGAGCUGUAUCGGGCGUAGUAGCCGAGAAGAAAAGUAGUCGCCAAAGUUCCAAGAAAGUAGCGGUCGCCAUGUCACUGUCGGUACCGCAGAACGGCGUGAAGGCGGAUGACGAGCCCGUUAUUGAGCUCUUUGUGAAGGCAGGAAGCGAUGGUGAGAGCAUUGGGAACUGUCCCUUCUCCCAGAGGCUAUUCAUGAUCCUGUGGCUUAAAGGCGUCGUCUUCAACGUUACUACAGUAGACCUCAAAAGGAAGCCUGCAGAUCUACAAAACCUCGCCCCAGGCACACACCCUCCCUUCGUCACCUUCAAUGGCGAGGUCAAAACAGACGUCAACAAGAUUGAGGAGUUUCUUGAGGAUGUCCUCUGCCCACCCAAGUACAUCAAACUUGGCGCCCGACACCCGGAGUCAAACACAGCUGGUAUGGACAUCUUUGCCAAGUUUUCAGCCUUCAUUAAGAACUCAAAACCAGAUGCCAAUGAAGCCGUGGAGCGCGGGCUGCUGAAGACCCUGCAGAAGUUGGACGAGUAUCUCCAUUCACCUUUGCCAGACGAGAUCGAUCACAACAGCAUUGAGGAUAUCAAGGUUUCCACUCGCAAGUUUUUGGAUGGGGACCAAAUGACCCUAGCGGACUGCAAUUUGCUUCCUAAGCUGCAUAUCGUCAAGGUGGUGGCCAAGAAGUACAGAGGCUUUGACAUCCCCAAAGAGAUGACCGCUAUCUGGAAGUACCUGAACAAUGCCUACACACGCGAGGAGUUUACCAACACCUGCCCCAGCGACAAAGAGAUCGAGAUCGCAUACGCAGAUGUAGCUAAGAGGCUUGUCAAAUAAGAAGCCUCCUCCACCUUCCCUGGAACAGCUACACACACACACACUCCCCAGCACAUGGACUGAAGUGCUUAUACAAAAGAAAGACAAACUGCAUAUCUUUCCUACUUUCGUAACUCAUCACUGAUUACAUACACGUCUAGUUCACUCAGCAACCUGCUUUCAACGGUAAUUGCUUUCAUUUUCUGUUUGUUGAUUAAUCGUUAAGCAGCCAAACCAAAUCAGUAUCCAAAUCUCCCUUUUCUGUAGGUGCAAAGGCCAUAGAUGAACGUAUGUUUAUUUGAUUGUUCAAUGGUCAUAAAAGGUAAGCAGUUUUUUGAACAGUGUUGAAUCUGUGUUUCUGACAAAACCCAUCCAAAUGUAUGUGAUCUAAAAAAAUCUAAUAAAGUAGUCAUUCAGGUAAAGCUACCUGGUAUUCAAAAGAGUCAAAAACGUUCUGUAGCUCAGUAGAAGUGUAGGAAGCCACUCGCACUUGGCUGCAGGGGUAGCCUCUCAGGAAUAUUAAGAACCUGAGUUAAUCCAUAUGUAGCUCAUAGAUGUCCACUAUUGCCUUGUAUGAUUCACCGUAUUGCCAUAGAAAGAAAAAAUCCUGGACGACAACACCAAACCGAACUCUUAGCAGCUGAAGUAGCAGUGAAGCUGACAGAAAAAAGGGCACAUUAAUUCUGGUCUCACUGUGGAAAAUGACUAAGACACUAAGGUGCGGUCAUGUGCUGGUACAGGUGGCGCUAAAGAUACGGCACGAAAGGAAUCAAGCUGAAUGAAAUAAAACCUUCAGUAUGUUGAUUAUUCUUGAAGUAGUGACUGUACAGUAUGCCAGUCACAGUCGUUCAAAAAGUGCUUUACCGGAAGAGCAAAACAAAUCCUUCUUUUCGGCCACACUUUUUUUUUGUUAUCAGACACAUUUGAUAAAGGAAUUGUAAAUAAUUGUUUUGAUUGCUCCGGUUUUGAUUGUGUAAAUUUUAUACAUUUCAUGGUCACGGUUUGAGGUCGUGGGUCAUUUUUUGCCCUCCCAGAUUGUAAUUUUCCAUAAGCAUUCUCUUUGCCUUACUUGUUCAUUUCAAUACAACGUCACUUUGUUGUUGGUAACGAACAUAAUAAUAUCCAAGUUUUACUCUGUAUUGUUUUUAUUUUUAUUUUUGAAAAACCAAAUUGAAAUAAACUUGUCACUGGAA